AUGGAGCAGAAGGUGCAGGAAUGGAAGGCGGAGGAGGCUGAGCUCAAACUCUUGGAGUUCGAGGCGCGGUGUGCGAAGAAGGCCCUCGCCUAUGAGGACCGAAUCUCCCGGCUGGAAGCCGAGAUCGCCCGCCGUGCCGGUAGUAACUCGCCGACUCGGGUCUCCGAGGAGCCGCAGAAAUCUGCAGAGGAAGCUGCACCAGCUCCGAAGAAGCAGCCUCCGCUGGAAGCCCCGAAGUUGGAUGACAGUGUCCUCGCCGAAGCAAAGCUCGUGGUCGAAAGCAUCCGGGCCGACAGGCUGGUGAACUGCGAAUGGGAAGAGGGCAUCACAGAUGAGGUGAAAGCCGGACUGCUCGGCAUGCGCAGGUCGCUGUGCGCCGCUGUGGAGAGGCUGGCGAUGGACCUUUAUGCAGAUGAGUGUCAUUGCCUCUGGGAGCUCAUCCAGAACGCCGACGACAACAAGUAUGCAAGCGAGGUUGAGGUUCCGGAGCUCUGUCUGUCCAUGGAGGUGGACCCAUCUCUUGGUGCAUAC